AUGUUCAAGCUUGCCCGUAGCAGCCGGCCAAUUGCGGCCGCCUUCAGAGCCGCGACGGGACCUUCCAUCAAGCCUAGCCUGGCCCAGCAGCACAGAAAUCUGUCUAUCCACGAAUACCUGUCCGCCAACCUCCUCAAGUCGUAUGGCGUUGGAAUGCCCAAGGGCGAGGUCGCCCGCUCCGCAGAGGAGGCUGAGGCUGUUGCUAAGUCGAUCGGUAACGACGACAUGGUCAUUAAGGCCCAGGUCCUUGCUGGUGGUCGUGGAAAGGGUUCUUUCGACAAUGGCCUCAAGGGAGGUGUGCGCGUGAUUUACUCGCCCACCGAGGCCAAGAUGUUCGCCGGCCAAAUGAUCGGACAGAAGCUCAUCACCAAGCAGACUGGUGCUCGCGGUCGCAUCUGUAACUCCGUGUACAUCUGCGAGCGCAAGUUUGCUCGUCGCGAGUUCUACCUUGCCGUCCUCAUGGACCGCGCGACCCAGACCCCCGUCAUUGUCGCCUCGUCGCAGGGUGGUAUGGACAUUGAGGCUGUUGCCAAGGAAAGCCCCGACGCUAUCAUCACUACCCCCAUCAAAAUCCACGUCGGUGUUACCGAUGAAAUCGCCCGUACCAUCGCUACCGACCUCGGAUUCUCGGAGCAGUGCAUCGAGGACGCCAAAACCACUAUCCAGAAUCUCUAUAAGGUCUUCAUGGAACGGGACGCCACUCAGAUUGAGAUCAACCCUCUGUCGGAAACCUCUGACCACGAAGUCAUGGCUAUGGACGCCAAGUUGAGCUUCGACGACAACGCCGACUUCAGACAGCAGGAGGUCUUCGAAUGGAGAGACCCUAGCCAGGAGGAUGCUGAUGAGGUUAAGGCUGCCGAGCACGGAUUGAACUUCAUCAAGCUUGACGGUGACAUUGGAUGCUUGGUCAAUGGUGCUGGUCUCGCCAUGGCCACCAUGGACAUCAUCAAGCUCAACGGUGGUAGCCCCGCCAACUUCCUUGACGUUGGUGGUGGUGCUACCCCUGCCGCCAUCAAGUCCGCUUUCGAGCUGAUCACCAGCGACCCCAAGGUCUCCGCCAUCUUCGUUAACAUCUUCGGUGGUAUCGUUCGCUGCGACGCUAUCGCCCAGGGAUUGAUCAACGUUGUGCAGGAGAUGGGUCUGCGCACCCCUAUCGUCGCUCGUUUGCAAGGUACCAACAUGGAGCAGGCUCACAAGCUGAUCAACGAAUCCGGACUCAAGAUCUUCUCCAUCGAGGACCUCCAGAACGCGGCUGAGAAGUCUGUCCAGUUCUCGAAGGUCGUCAAGAUGGCCCGUGAAAUCGACGUGGGUGUCGAGUUCACCCUCGGUAUCUAA